CGGCUGCCGGGAGAUGGCUGCUCCCGCGUGGGAAUGGUCCAGGCUAUGGUCCCCAAAUGUCUGGGCAUCGAAUGAGUGGAGUAUUCAUAGGAGUCUGUGUAUUCAUGAUUCGAUGAAUGAAAAACCUGAGAUUGGGUUUUGCCACUGAGAACAUGGAAGUUAAAAACAGUUCUUGUAUAGAUAUGUAUGAAUUCUCUGACAUUGAUUGUUUCGAUGAACUUCAGUAAAAUGACUCUUCAGGACUUGGUGCAUCAAGCUGCCUCCCUUUAUUUGGACAAAGUGGCUGUAUGUUUUGAUGAAUGUAACAACCAGCCUCCAAUUUAUUAUACCUAUAAGACUGUGGUUAAUACUGCUUCAGAACUGUCCAAUUUUCUUCUUUCACACUGUGAUUUUCAAGGAAUUCAAGAAAUUGGUCUCUACUGUGAACCUGGGAUAAACUUACCCUCCUGGAUAUUAGGAAUUCUCCAGGUUCCUGCUGCUUAUACUCCUAUUGACCCAGAUUCACCACCAUUAUUAUCAACCCAUUUUAUGAAAAAAUGUGAUCUAGAAUAUAUUCUUGUUGAAAAAAAACAAAUUAAUAAAUUCAAAACUUCCUAUGAACCAUUAUUGAACUAUGAUACAGUUACAGUAGAACAUAGUGAUCUAGUACUCUUCAGACUACACUGGGAAAAUGUUGACAUGAACUUGAUGCUAAAUGAUAGACAAGACAAAAAUGAAAAAAAGAACAGAAAAGACUGCAUGAAUUCUGAAAAGAACAAGGAAGAAAAAGAACACAUGGAUGUGAGGCUAAAGCACUGUUUGGCCUAUGUCCUGCAUACAUCAGGGACUACAGGAACCCCAAAGAUUGUCAGAGUGCCUCAUGCAUGUAUACUGCCAAAUGUCCAACAUUUUCGAAUACUUUUUGGCAUUACACAAGAAGAUGUUUUGUUUCUGGCUUCACCUCUGACCUUUGAUCCUUCUAUUGUGGAAAUAUUUGUUGCUCUAUCAAGUGGCGCCUCACUGCUUAUUGUACCAACUUCUGUCAAAGUACUACCAUCAAAAUUAGCUGCUGUUCUCUUUUCCCAUCACAAAGUCACUGUUUUGCAGGCAACACCAACAUUGCUGAGAAGAUUUGGAUCUCAACUUAUCAAAUCAACUGUUUUAUCAGCCAGUACUUCUCUUCGAGUUUUAGCCCUUGGAGGGGAAGCAUUUCCCUCACUGACUAUUCUCAGUAGCUGGAGAGAAGAAGGCAAUAAAACUCAAAUAUUCAACAUUUAUGGUAUCACAGAGGUAUCAAGUUGGGCGACUUUUUACAGGAUUCCAGAGGAGGUUCUUAACUCUACUGUGAAAUGUGAGUUGCCUGUACCACUGGGAUGUCCACUGUUUGAAACAGUAGUUGAAGUCAGAGAUACGAAUGGUUUCACAAUUCAAGAAGGCAGUGGCCAAGUAUUUUUAGGUGGGAAAAACAGAGUGUGUUUUCUAGAUGAUGAAAUGACAGUACCACUCGGUACGAUGAGGGCCACAGGAGACUUCGUGACUAUAAAAGGUGGAGAGAUAUUUUUCUUGGGACGAAAAGACAGUCAGAUAAAACGCCAUGGCAAGCGUCUUAACAUUGAACUUGUGCAACAGGUUUCUGAACAACUUCAGCAAGUGGAAACAUGUGCAGUUACAUGGUAUAAUCAGGAAAAGUUAAUUCUCUUCAUAGUACCAAAAGAUAAUUUAGUAAAGGAUUAUAUCUUUAAAGAACUGCAGAAACAUCUUCCAAAUCAUGCCAUCCCAGAUGAACUUGUGUUGAUUGAUACGCUACCAUUUACAUCUCAUGGCAAAAUUGAUAUUUCUGAGCUAAACAAGAUUUAUUUAGACUACCUAAACUCAAAGCCUGAGAAUAAGCUCCAUGGAAAAAAGGAACUUUGGAAGAAAUUACAAUAUUUGUGGAAGUCUAUUCUAAGUCCCACAGAAGAUUCUUUGAAGGUUCCUAAUGAGUCACUCUUUUCAAAUAUUGGUGGAGAUUCCUUGAAGUCCGUACGACUCCUUUAUGAGAUUGAAAGACUAGUUGGCACAUCAGUACCUGGGCUUCUAGAAGUUAUUCUCAGCAGUUCCCUUUUAGAAAUUUACAACCAUAUUCUUCAGACAGUGUUCAUGGAUGAAAACCAGACAUUGACCAAGAGUAAUGCCACAAAAAGAAAACUCAGUGACAUCAAUCAAGAGGAAGCAAUCGGAGAACCUUCCCAUCAGAAGUCUGUCUUGCCUUUAAAUGGUGACAAUGAGAUAAAUGCUUGUAUUGCGUUGAGCAGAGGGAGUCAGAUUUUUCCUCUGAAUGUAGCUAGGUUUUUAGGACAUCACUCUUCGGCCUGUUCUUCUGAACUCAUUGCACAGACUAACACUCUAAAUUUUAAAAGCUUAAAUCCUUCAGUUCUUACUGGGCAGUCAAAGGAUCUAUGCUGUGUUGAAAAAGUUUCUGAAGAGGAGAAACCUGUGACGGGGGCUAAGAAGAUGGAGUUCCGUGUGAGAUGGAGGUCAGACACAGGCAAAUGUGUAGAUGCUUCCCCUCUGGUAAUAGUGGGUGUGGAUCAGUCAUCAGCCACUGUGUACAUUGGCUCCCAUUCUCACAGAAUGAAGGCAAUUGAUCUUUACUCUGGGAAGAUGAAAUGGGAACAGCUUUUGGGAGAUCGAAUUGAAUCCUCAGCCUGUGUUUCCAAGUGUGGCAACUUUAUUACAGUGGGCUGUUAUAAUGGAUUAGUUUAUGUUCUACAAAGUAACAGUGGAGAGAUAUACUGGGUCUUUACUACAGAAGAUGCUGUCAAAAGCUCACCGACUUUGGAUCCAACUACAGGACUCCUUUUCAUUGGCUCUCAUGAUCAACAUGUGUAUGCUCUAGAUAUUUAUAAAAAGAAGUGUGUUUGGAAGUUAAAAUGUGAAGGAACUGUUUUUUCUUCACCUUGUUUGAGUCUGAUUCCACAUCAUCUCUAUUGUGCCACACUUGGAGGAGUUCUACUGGCUGUGAAACCUACCACUGGGAAUGUAGUUUGGAAACAUUCCUGUGGAAAACCACUCUUCUCUUCCCCACGGUGUUUCCAACAAUUUCUUUGUAUUGGCUCUGUAGAUGGGAAUUUACUAUGUUUUACUCACUUGGGAGAACAGAUUUGGCAGUUCUCUGCUGGUGGACCAAUCUUUUCAUCCCCCUGUAUCUCAGCAUCAGAGCAAGAAGUAUAUUUUGGUUCCCAUGAUUGCUUUAUCUACUGUUGUGACAUGAGCGGCCACCUCCAGUGGAAACUUGAAACUACUUCAAGGGUAUAUGCAACCCCUUUUGCUUUCCAUCACCCCAAUCAUAGCAGUGAGACAUUUCUGGCAGCAGCAUCAACUGAUGGGAAACUCUGGAUCUUGGAAUCCCAGAGUGGGCAACUGCAAGGUGUAUAUGAACUUCCUGGAGAGGUGUUCUCUUCUCCUGUGGUGUGGGAAUCAAUGCUCAUUAUUGGGUGUAGAAAUAAUUAUAUUUAUUGUCUGGAUUUAUUAUAUAACAAUAAAAAAUAAUCAAGUCCUGA